AUGGAUGAAUUAGAAGUUCUUAGUGAAACAAUGGUUGAUUUUGAUAAUCUUCAAGAACACAACCUUAACUUGAAGAAUAACAUGUUGGUUCAAGGAUGGGAACUGUUCUUCAACCGUCUAAUUGGACCAGUUUACCCAGAAUUGGUUAAAGAGUUUUGGGUUCAUGCAACACUUAUGCCAAAGGCAAUUCUUUCUUUCGUCUGUGGUCAAGAAAUAUAUAUCACAGAAAACCUGAUCAGAAGAUUGCUAGGUUUGGAAAACUGUUUUGGUUCUAUUAGAGCCAUCGUAGGAAGAACAGAUUGGGAUGCUGUCUAUGCUGAAAUCUUCAAAUCUAGAGAAGGUUCUACUUCCAUCAAAGAUUUGAAGGAUCCCUACAGAAUAUGGGCCAAGAUCCUUCUGGGUUUCAUCUACCACAGAAAGGCUACAGUCUCUCCAAACUACAUUAAUCAAGAUCAACAAUACAUUCUAUAUUGUAUUGGUAACGGUGAGAUGGUGGAUCUUCCUUAUAUUCUGUUUAUCGACAUGUGA